ACGACGACGGCGACGAUGGAGAAGGGAAAGGGAGUGAUGGGAGCAGGUCGGAGAUGGGCCGUUGACUUGACUGACAACUCAACUUCCCCUUCUUCCCGCGACUUCCCCGACCCUCCUGGCUUCUCUCGCGCCUCCCUUGAACAGGAUGAUUCGACUGUGAGUCGCCAGAAGAAGGAUGCUGAAUCUACUUGGAAAGCUCAGAAAGCUUGGGAAGUUGCACAGGCCCCAUUCAAGAAUUUGAUGAUGAUGGGUUUCAUGAUGUGGAUGGCUGGGAGCACGGUGCAUUUGUUUAGCAUUGGAAUUACGUUUUCCGCUCUUUGGCAGCCCAUAAGCGCCUUACAGGGUGUAGGGAAGGUUUUUGAGCCCUACAAGGACGGCAAAGUAGAUCUUAUUGCCCCAAAGUUGCUCUUCAUUGCGCUUAAUUUGGGGGGUUUAGCACUGGGUGUUUGGAAGCUUAACACUUUGGGGUUGCUUCCUACACAUGCAUCUGAUUGGGUUUCUUCCUUACCCCCUGCUCAGGAGGUUGAGUAUUCGGGUGGUGGCAUUCUUCGUUAUUGACAUCAACGUUCAGUUUGAAUGGCGGUCAAUCUCAAGAAAAGGAUGAACGGCAACUUGCAGAAGCAGGAUGAGAAUUUGUUGCUGUUUACUGGCCGAUGGCGCAUGGCUUAAGCAUGGAUAAUGUGAUUCUUCCGUGUUCUGAAUGAUAUUACUACGUUUUGUUGGCAAUAGAAACUCAGUUUGUAGUACUUGUUUAAGUGACUCGAUGAAUUACCAUACAAUCUAUAAUUUUAACACUUUCA